AGGGCAGUUCCAGUCUAGCGCUGACGUCACCCGUCUGUCUGCUCCAGCCUCCUCUCUCCCAUGUGAAACUGAAUCUCCUUGGACUUGAAUGAGGAGCAAAGGACGGGGGGUGGGGGGAGUUACUAAGAUCUUGCCUGGGCAGGCGAGAAAGAGAGAGAGAAAGAGGGAGACAGAGAAACAAAGUCGCAAGUCUCUCUCCCCCAGCUCUGUGCGAACUUCUAGGGCUGGAGGGGGAAUGGGGGGGACGCAGCAGAUCUCAGAGCUGAGAGCUCCUCUUUCUAGUUCUUGAUUUGAUUUUUUGAUUGGGGGGGGCAUUUUUAGAGGGUGGGUGUCUUUUUUUUUUAAAGGUUAUUUUUUUUUUAAUUUUAAAAAAUCAGCUCUGUUUGCCUCUCUUUUCCUUUCCACCCCCCCAUCAGACCCCAAGGAGGAUCCUGUCUUUAUGUUGUACUGCCCGGAGACCUUCCAGGUCUUUCCGUCCUUUGUUUCUCCUCGUUUCCUUUUUUUUAAAUGUAUAACUUGAUGGGUCUCAACAGCACAACCGGAGCCAACCAGCCCAAUGUCUCCUGUACCUGCAACUGCAAACGGUCUUUCUUCCAGAGUAUGGAGAUCACGGAGUUGGAGUUUGUACAGAUAAUCAUAAUCGUGGUGGUAAUGAUGGUGAUGGUGGUUGUCAUCACAUGUUUGCUGAAUCACUACAAACUCUCUGCACGAUCCUUCAUCAAUCGGCACAGCCAAGGGCGGAGGAGAGAGGAGAACCUAUCAUCAGAAGGAAGCUUGUGGCCUUCAGAAAGCACAGUGUCAGGAAACGGUGUAAUGGAGCAGGUCUACACACCAAGACCCACGGACAGGCUAGCUGUUCCAUCCUUCUUGCAGAGGGACCGUUUUAACCGCUUCCAGCCAACAUAUCCUUACAUGCAGCAUGAAAUCGACCUGCCCCCCACCAUCUCCCUGUCGGACGGAGAAGAGCCCCCUCCUUACCAAGGCCCCUGCACGCUGCAGCUCCGGGACCCAGAGCAGCAGAUGGAACUCAACCGGGAGUCGGUCCGGGCGCCUCCCAACAGAACCAUCUUCGACAGUGACCUGAUAGAUAACUCAGUAUACGGAGGACCCUGCCCUCCUAGCAGCAAUUCGGGCAUCAGCGCCACCUGUUACGGAAGCAACGGCAGGAUGGAAGGGCCGCCUCCCACGUACAGUGAGGUCAUCGGUCAUUUUCCCGGCUCAACGUUUUAUCAGCACCAGCAGAACAGCGGGUUGCCCUCAAUACUGGAGGGUGGCAGGCUUCCCCCUUCAUCGCAAAUCAGUAGCCUUGAGAGCACAACGGCAUGGAACAAAGAGAAAGAGAAACAAAAAGGGCACCCCUUUUAAAAAAGGAAACAGAAAAAGAAUUAAUACACUCUGCACUUCUUGGGAACGGGGGAAAGUGAUCUCUAGAGACGGGGAAGCAGUGCACGAAACGAAACGCCCUUCUCCAUCUCUGUGUAGUAUAAAUAUUUACAUGUUAUGUUUGCUCUGAAUGCACAAGCCAACAAAGCUUGCAAAAACAUUUAUUUGUUGAGCUCUGUCUAGAAGUUCUUUCUUUCUUUCUUUUUUUGAAAAAAGAAAUCUACAGUGGUCCUUCUCCCCCCGCCCCCCGUUUCCCCGUGGUUUUGUUUCUAGUUGAGCUGCGUGUGUGAAUGCUACAAUUUUGUUUUCACUUAACUUUAAAGACAAAAAUAUUUGCACAAAAAUGUUUGUUUAAAGAUCUGCAAUAUAUAUAUAUAUAAAUAUAUAUUAAAAAAAUAAGAGAAACUGUAUGUGUGUUGGGGAAGCAGGAGUAUUUUUAUAUUAGAAGAGGCCUAUUGAGAAAAAUAAAAGUUUUCGUUGUUUUUUCUGAACUAGAAUAAAACAUGGCGAUUUUUGAGAGCCAGCUCAAGAAAGCAUGUAUUACAUUGUAAAAAAAAGAAGAAAAAAAGAAACAAAAAAGCAUAAAAAAAACAAAAGCAGGGGUUUAGAGUUAUUUAUAUAAAUGUUGAAAUUUUGCACUAUUUUUUAAUAUAAAUGUGUCAGUGCUUGUGUUUGGUCAAAAGCCUCUUUCAUGUCUACCACAAAACUGUUAAGGGAAAUAUGUCUAAGUGAAGACUAAAGGAGUCUUAGUGGGAGGGCAAACCUAUAAGAUUGAAAUAACAGACCAGUAAGAAACAUCAUGCAAGGACUCCAUCUGGCACCAUUUUGUUUUCUUUCCAGAGUCACAUGAUCAUGUCUCAAAGCUGAGGCAGUUCUAUGCAUUGCACUUGGGUACAGAGACCCGACUACAUAAUGUACAUGUACUGCAUCAGUUGUGGAGGGUGUACGUGUGUGUUAAGAUUGUCACUUUUCUGAUUUUAAAAAGACCACCUUAGAAGUGGGCCAGGCCCCCAUUUCUGCUGAUCUUUUUAAUUUUCUCUUUUAAGGGGAAAAAGGCCAUGUGUACACUUGUGCACCCCUAACAACUUGACACGAUCCUGGUGUAUUUUGGUUUUUUGGAGACUUGGGUAUCUGUUCUCAAGGCCAGCGUGCAGCACAAGAAUCUGCUCUUCUGCAUUUCCUAUGAAAUCAGGGGGGGAAAUUAACCCUCUUUUGUAUGUGCAUUUGUUUUGCCAUUUAUGACUAUCUGAAGUGUGAUGAGAAGGGUUUCAGAAGCUAAACCUCAGAGCAGGAAAAGGCAACCUUGGCUCUCCAGCUGUUGAACAACAACUCCCAUCAUCCUCAGCCACAAUAAAUUGUGCCCGGGGAUGAUGGGAGUUGUAGUUCCAACAACAACUGGUGAGCCAAGGUUGCCUGUACCUGCAUUAGAGCUUGAAUCUACAAAGACAUAUGGUAUGCUUCCACAGUGGCCCGCAUCCCAAGCCCACACAGCUGCGAGGUGCAGAUGGAGUUCAGUCUAAGGAAGGUGCUCCCUGUUCACUUCAGUGCUGGAGACAGCUCUGUGUGCAGACCCUCCUGGCAAAUGCACUUCAGAAUAGAAGUGAAUGGGGAACCUGGCCCCAGCCUUGCACAGACCUCUGUGUGCGCCAAAACCACUGGGUCAGAGCUGCUGUGUUCUAUUCACUGAGCUUUCUACAACCAGGCUCUUUAGAGGGCACUGGAAUGACCCCGUUCUACUGCUACUGUCCCACUAAUUUCAGGGGGGCCAUUAAAGCAUAAGUAGUCAUUAAAUUGCCUUCUUUUAAUGACUAGGUAAUAGCUUCUAAUUUCUUUUUUAAUAUCAAGCUAAUUUGACUCUCUUCAUCAAUUAAGGUAAUUUUUUAAAAGUUUCAAGAUCCCAUAAACCUGCUUUUACAGAUCAGUUUUUAAAUAAUGCCCUGAAACCCUGACCUGGGGUAACUCUGUUUUCCAUAAGGUUUUAAAUAAGCUUCAUAAAGCAAGGUUGACCAGAUGGUGAAGGACAGGACUCCUGUGCCUCUAAGACUUGUGUUGGAAAGUGGGGUUGGAGGUGGGACAGUUUGGCAGGUGCAGCUCGACACUUAGAGCCAAGAAAGUUUGCACCUCCGAAAUGUUCUCUUCUACACAACGGUUAAAGAUACAGGAGCCCUGAUUCCUUUUGCAUCUAACAUUCUGGACUUGCAGUACUUAUGGCCCACCAAGUCAAAUGAAGCUCACCUAGGUAUGCACUGCAACCAACCAAGUCCAUCACACACACACACACUCUCUCUCUCUCACUCACUCUCUCUCUCUCUCCUUGUUUUGGCUCAGAGCGUCUGUAAAAAAAGGAUGUUAAUCAUGAGUAGGUGGGUUCUUGAGCUUUAUUCAGGGCCAGUGGUCCACAUCGGCCUGUGGGUCAUGAGCAGUGUUCCUAAGAACAGCCCUGCUGGAUCAAGCUCAGGGCCCAUCUAGUCCAGCAUCUUGUUUCACACAGUGGCCUACCAGUUCCCUGUAACAGGGUCUCCCCGGUGUGGUUGACUACAGCUCCCAGCAUCCCCAGCUGCAAUGGCCUUUGGCUGAGGAUUCUGGGAGUGGUAGUCAACAGCAUUUGUUACAACCCUGUUACAGGGAAUAUGGGUCAUGGGUUGUGCAGGCCUGUUCGGACCCUUGAAUUGGAGAAGAAAAGCAUACAGAGCCCUCUUGAACCCAAGGCUUUUUUUGAUCCAACCCACCGUUGCACUUCAUCUGCAUGUGGAAAGAAAUGGGAGGUGCCCAGCAAGCAAUCCUUGGUGAACUGCCCCCUUUGCUUCAUUGCCUCUGGCUGUUAACUGACUUUUAUUUAUUCUAGCUAAAGAGACUCUGGGGGGGAGGGGGAACGUAGAUGGAAACAUAUCAGCUCCUGUAAUGUACUAAAGGCUAAAGAGUUGUGCUUAAUGCUUUAGAAGCAAACCCGUUACCUCUUCUGAAGGUUAUCCUUCGCUCACAACCCUAACCCUUGCAGCAUCCUUCCGUGUCAAGGUUCUGCCCUCUAAUUCCCCCUUCAAACACACAUGUAUUUUUUUAAAGCAUGUCUCUCUUGUUUCAUAAAGCAUUUUGUCUUACAAUGCAAUUGUUUACAUUUUUAUAUUGUGAAAAGAUCUGAUUGGUUGCUUUAACCCUCAUGGUGAAUUUGUACGUGAUCCAUUGUGAGAGAGUGAGAGGCGUAACUUAUCGAGCGAAAGAGGAAGAAGUAAAACAUAUAAGGGAAUGAAACCCCCGUUCUCUCCACAUUGUACUUGGAUUUUAAUCUAUGGCUAAAAGUUGCCAACUGACCUGAAAAACCUAGCCUAGCCUGCUCUUGUGCCUUAAACAGUAGCAUGAUAUUUAGAUAGCAAGUGAAAAUUUUCACACCCAGAGAUAUUGUUGCUUGUUAAUAUCUACGAAGACUGGUGAACAGAUCUUAUCAAUGACUGAAUGGAACUUCCAGAUUCUGAGGCAGUAUACCUCUGAAUUCCAGUUGCUGAAGGAUAAGAGGAAAGGCCCGUUGCUUUCAUGCCCCACUUGUGGUCUUCCUGAAGGCAUCUGGUUGGAAGCAGGAUGCUAAAACUGUUGAGCCUUAAGUUUAGAGCUUUAGUCUGAACAGCAGAUCUCUUUUGGUCUUGACUGCUGUUCAAGGCACAGUACAAUGGCUAGUUUAUUUAUUAUUAAAUUUGUAUACCACCUUUCAUUUAAAACAAUCUCAAGGUGGUUUACAAUUGACACUUUGGCAACUCUUAUAGCUACACAAUUCCACCUGCCAGGGGACACAAGAGCCCCAUGCUGGAGUGAGGAAGGGUUAGUAGAGGGAACUGUAUUGAGUGACCAUUUUGUAACAAGGAGGUGUAAUUUUGCUUUCUGCCAGAUGCUAACUAGUAAGGUAACAUAAAUGAAAGAUAUAAAGGCAAUAACUCUUGUUUUUAUGCGACUUUUCUAUUACUUGAACAGGGGGGAAAAGAAAAGAAAAGAAAAAAUCCUAAAACCAACUGGAACCCAGUUUUGAAGUUCUGACCAUUUGGGAUUCUAUUUAUAUAUAUUUUAGAGGAUGACAACGACAAAGAUAUGAACUUGAAGUUUUUCACCAUUUUUAAAUUUUGUUUUGCUCCCCCCCCCCCACUUUAGCCUAGUGAUAGAUUCCUGAACCUUUUUUUAAUAGCAUUGCAACUUGCCUUUCCCCCACGUAGCUCCUUGAUAAUAGCUUUACAUCACCUACAAUUUGCAGACCUUUUUUUUUUCAUUUUAAAGAGAACUAAAAGGAAAAACCUAGCUUCCUAUGAAAGGUACAACAUCGAUGAAUUUAUAGAAGGUUUUUUAAAUGUAUCUUUCCUUUAUGUAACAUGUCUAUUUAGUGCCUUAUUAAAAGAAACAGUAAACCUCCCUUUUUAAGAAAAAAUAAAAUAAAAAGGGGAAAAUCCAAUCAUUGCUAGUGAUAGGAACUUCCAGGGUGUGGUCACUUUCCCUUUUAGACACCUGGCUAUCAGUUUUCUCUAGUUACUUAUCUUUUAAAAAUGAGGGGGUGGUUCCUUCUUUCAACUGUACCCUCGACCCCUUUAGACCCAGCUUAAUGUGCCUGGCUGAGUAAGGUGCUCCCUCUCUGUCUUUUGCCACCUGUUUUCUUGGACUGUUUGUACGGUAACUUGAAAUUUACAUUUUAUGCACAUCUCCUGCUCCAGUAGGUAGUGAACUGUGGUGGAUAUUGUAAUCGAGAAUACCAACCAAAAGAAAACCCGAAAAAUAAUAUCUACUGCCCUCUUGAGCCAAAAUGAGUGAAUAGUAAUGUUGGUGUGGGUUUUUUUUUUUUAAUUGUUUGUUGUUGUUUUUCUUUGUUCCGUGGUCUUACUAGUGUGUUUGCUACAAGCAAAAAAACAAAAACAAAAAACCUUACCUCAUUAGGUUUGGGUGGAGUGUGCAUCACAUAUCUAGAAACUCUGCCAUAAGUACAGAAUCAUCACCAAGACCGGAGGUUGUUAAAAUCACUGGAGUGCCUUGUAGGAGAUGGGCUAAUCUAGUAGGUUUGCCAGCUUUGUGACUGGCCCUACUCCUCUGCCCUCAAUAGCUGACUGGCCUUCAGCCGUGAAGAAAGAGAUUUUCCCUGGCAUGGAGCUAAAAUGAUGGGGGGAAACUUCACUGUGCUCCAUAUCAGACUUCUACUAACAGAAACAGAGCAGGGCCAGAACAGGGGUGGCACCCUGUAGGCAAGGCAAAAAGAAAAAAGAAAGAAAGUACAAAUUAAGGACCUGUUAUUAAAGCAAAGACUUAAACUCCCCCUGUAAUUGUUGUCUCUCUCUUCCCCGCCCCCUCCAAUGAGAUUGUCUGCCUAGGCCAGCCUACGUUUUUAGUAUCAUAAAUCCUUCCAUAGUUUUGCUGAUCAGUUUUCUAAGAUACCCAUUGAGGUUAUUGCGUACAGAAAUAGUUUAAGCCAGCACCACCAUGGCCACACUAUACAAAACCCUCUCCAAAACAUGGUGGGUAUGAUUAGAUUAACUGAUUGAUCUUUUCAAAUUGCUUAAAGCAAGGAUCCAAAGGGUACUGUAUGUUAACUCAUUUCCUUAUGAUGCAGACAGAUAUGUAUUUACUCCAAGGAGACAGUGGCAGAGAGCCAGACUAAAUUACUCCUGAGUAGUCCUGCUGAAAUUAAGUAGUCCUUUGGGGUAUUCAAUAAGUGAGUCUGAAUGUCAGCACAAGUUGUAGUUCACACUGAGGCCCCAAACCCACAAACACUCAAGUACCUACAUAUUACACAGGACAACGUUAAUGAAUUGGGGUCUAGCAUUCUCUCCUAACUGACACAUUGGGUCUAGCCAUCUUGUUCUGAAAGGGUUCCCAUGUCUUGAAAGCUGUGCGAAAGACAGAAAUCCAACAAGCAAAACUUUCCCCAUCAUAGUCCCAAGCUGUACCUGUUCAAUUUCUGCAAGUCACAAUGUUAUUACAGAGACAGGAGCUUUGCCAGGGAGGGGAGUGGCAAACCUAAGUAGGAAUUCAGAUACUGAUCAAGGAGGAGGAGUCCUCAUGGGGGUACGACCUCCUCCUCAAGAGAGGUAGUCCCCCCACACACACACCAAAAGGUGUUUUGCAGUGAAAAAUUGAAUUCUGGGUAGCAUUUUCACAAAUAUUGCAAAUAGUUUUGCAAUGAGAAUGAUGUCUCAGCCGAUGUACUGGCAGUCACGCCCGACCAGUCUCAUCAAAGCCAAGUGUGCUAGUUCCCAGGUGAGUCUGCAGGGCAAUGGUGAACUUACAUAUCCUUUUAGGACUUUUAGGACCUAACUCUAACACUACCCAUUUCCCCCCCAAUAUUGAGAACAUAAGAAAUGCCCUGCUAGGCCCAGCUAGUCCAGCAUCUUGUUUCACACAGUGGCCCACCAGAUGCUUAAGGAAAUUCUCCUUAGGUUACAUACAUUUACAAUACAUAUCUGUACAUUGAUCAAAAUAUUAGUGUCUCCUUAGCUUAAUGGGGCAGCAAGGGAGAAUUGCACCUUUGAGCUACAGUUCUGGUCUUCAUGGAUAAAAGUAGACCAAACUAUGAACCUUCAUUAAUAAAGCUUUCAGAGAUGUUUUGCCCCGACUCAAGGAGGAAGAAGCCCCAAAGGAAGACCAACCUUAAACAAACAAACAAAAUUAGGAAAAGAAACAAGGCAUAGCUUAAAUUUAGCAACCUCCUGUGCCCAACUGCCAAAUUGCUAGAAGUUUCAAGCUUCAGCUAACAAACAGGCAGUACAACUUGGGAUUCUUUGGGUCAUAGCUUACGGUACUCAUUUCCACCAAAACAGUAUAUACUGGAGUGUGAAUGUGGAUUUGAAAAUAAUGACAAGAAGGCUUGAACUGGUUUAUCUGACUAUGCGAAGUUCCUUGUCAUGAUUCUUGCUUUCAACAGUUGUAAGAAUUAAGUUUAGAGUUCUGAUCCACAGUUUACCUAAGAGUUAGGGGUAUAACUAUUGAUCAUAGGGGGAUCCAGUAAGAAUAAAAUCAAUGUAGCUCUUGAGAAUGACUUUUCUUAGAACAUUUGUUAAAAAUUGCACUAAAUGCUAUUUUAAAUUGAAAGAAAAAAGCCCAGUUUUCUCUCUCUAGAGAUGACUCAAACAAGCCAGAUAAGUAGUGUGCACAUACUAGCCAAGAAUUUGUAUUCUCUUGAUCCAAUGUACUACACAAAACUAAAGGGGUUGGGGAGAAAAACAAAGUUUUCCAUAAAACAACGCUUUCACAUUUUCGCUGUAAUAUAGAAGCUCAUUAAGGACCACAUUAAAAGUCCUAAUUUGCCUGCCUUAUCAUCAAAUUUCAUUGUAUUUUAAUAUUUUCUUCAAUUUCAAGUUGCAUUGCUUUUGGCUAUGAAGUUUGUUAUAGGCAGUCCUGUAUCCUGAAAUUUUUUUUUUGUUCAAUUAAAAAAAGCUAUGUAAACAAUAGACAGCACAUGCAAUGCAGUACUUAUCUAUAUUUUGCUGUUUUAGUAUGAAUAUGUAUGCCAAUUUCCACAACUCUUGUAAAACGCUUCUUGUGUAACAGUAACCUAUAGUGGCAAUGAUAUGUCAUCCUAUUCUUAAAAAGCUGCAAUACUUAAAACAAUAAAUUUUACAAUACUUUGGA